AUGAGUCAGAAAAAACCUAGACUUGAAUCACAAGAUCAAGACGAUCACUUUCAAUGCCCUAUUUGUUAUGAAGACUGGAAGAGAAAAGGAGAACAUAGACUGGUUAGCUUAGCAUGUGGACAUUUAUUUGGAAACAGUUGCAUACGUCGCUGGGCUGCUGAUAGUCGAAAUGAUAGUUGUCCUAUUUGCCAAAAGAUUAUCAAGACAAGUAAAAUAAGAAAUGUGUUGCCUAUAAAACUUGUUGUUCAAGACACGUCUCAAAUUGAUGAACUGUCCAAAGAACUGAAUUCACUCAAGUCCCAAAUUAAAGAAAAACAAAACGCAUUAGAACUAUCCAAACUAGCAUUAAGCCUUUGUCAACGUGAACUAGAAAAGGCUAAAAAAGCUCAUAUACCCUCACAAUAA